AUGGCGGUCCACCCCCAAUUCACCUGCUUCUGCCCCGAACACUUUCCCCACUACCCAUACGCACUACUUGACUCUCAACUCCCAACUCUAUCUCGUACAGUCCCUCACUCACGGCCCCGCCCGCCCGCCCGCCCGCCAACCGUAAACCCGAACGUUUGCCGUGCUCGCAACACAUUCGUUGACUCAAAUGACCACUUUUGUCUGACAUUUCAAUCACUCAUACACACCACAAACACACACACACACGCUCUCUCUCUCUCUCUCUCAAACUCUCUCUCUCUCUCUCUCUCAAACUCUCUCUCUCUCAAACUCUCUCAAACUCUCUCAAACUCUCUCUCUCUCUCUCUCAAACUCUCUCUCUCUCUCUCUCUCUCUCUCUCAAACUCUCUCAAACUCUCUCUCUCAGUCUCAGUCAUCAGUCUUUUUUUUUUGUCUGAACAGCUGGUUGGUGGAGUUGAUCGCGGCGGUUGGCAGUGGCGCGGAUUGGUCGUGUGCUUCAUCGCCAUAUCGGGGAGUGCGAUGGAUUUCUACUCGACCGGCGCCGCUGACGGCGACGACAACAACGUCGGGGGCUUCGACGCCUAUAGCUCCGGGGGUGAUUAUGGCCAGAUGGGCCAAGCCAACUAUGGAAACUCGUAUGGCAGUCAAAAUAGCCAACAGUACUACGGGGAUGAGGAAGAACCCCCUUUGCUCGAGGAACUCGGCAUCAAUUUUGAUCAUAUCCGUAGCAAAACCCUAGCGGUCCUCAACGUCGCCAAGCCUGUCGACAGUCACCUCAUGGACGAUACUGAUCUCGCCGGCCCCUUGAUGUUCUGCUUGCUCUUCGGCGCCUUCAUGCUGGCCAGCGGUAAACUGCAAUUUGGUUACAUCUAUGGCGUUGCCGUCAUGGGCUGCCUGGGACUUUAUAUGGUUCUUCGUCUCAUGUCAGAGCACACGCUUUCUCUGAGCACCACGGCCAGUGUCUUGGGCUAUUCCUUGCUGCCGAUGGUGGCGUUGUCGUCCAUUUCUAUUUUGCUGAAUCUAACGGGUGUGGUGGGACUGAGUCUGGCCGCCACCUCCAUUGCCUGGUGUACCCACAGUGCUGCGCGUAUUUUUACCAGCUUAGCCAACCGAACCUCCGAUCUUCCCAGCACCCAGUCCCUGGUCCUUCUUCCCUCUCUCCCUAUGCCUCGACCCGAGCCGAGCCAAGCGGCGAGCCCAAGUCUUUGUUUCAUGCUAUCUGUGUUUUAUGUGCGCGUGUCCGUGCCACAAUGA